AUGCUGGAUUCCCCUUUACCAGCUGUCGAUUGGUUUUACUGGAGCAUUCUUGUUGACGCUGCUUCCGAGGUAAUCUCCUUCAAUUCCGAUGCCAGGCCGGCGAGAUUGCAUCCUCUCCGCUCGACCCCUCUCGUUGGGCCGCUCGUCCGCCGUGCUCUCGCUCGCCGCUGUGCGGACGGUUGGUGUUGUGGGUGCGCGGAGUCCGAACGUCUGACGUCGCCAGCACUCGCCUCUCGUCGUCAAUGCGUGGCCCCAUCUCGGCGACCCGACACACUCUCAAGCCGGCUGCUUGAGCUCUCCACCUCGGCCCUGGCUCCGGACUCACUCGGCCCGCCCAAUCCUGCAAUGAAUACGGCCCUGUCUGCUCUGCCGUUUCCGCUCUCCACCAUGACGCCUCAGUCCGUCAGGCCGAGUACUCUCGGCCUGAGGACGCAGCCGCGCUUGGCCGGCCGGCCGAUGGAAGGCGGCGCAGAAAAGGAGGGCAGAAACUGGCCAAAAGUGAGGUAA